CGCAAGCCACUUUUGGGGGAGAGCUCCACAGAGGAGGGCGGGAGGCGGCAGAAGAGCAGGAAGUACCCGGGGCCCAGACCGCGUUCUCGGGAGGGGAAGAAAACGCGCGCCAAGACGUCAUCCGGGGCCUGGCGGGACGCGCGGGGCGGGGCGCACCGCGGGGCGGGCUCUCUCUCCGUCCGGCAGGCCGAGGCGACGCCCGGCUGGGUCCCUGUCGCGGAAGCUGGCCCGUCCGCUAUGGCCGCGGGGAGCGCCGCGGGGUGGGCCGUGGGGGCCCUCGGAGUGGUCUGCCUGUUGCUCCGGUUGGAUUUCAUUAGCUGUGAUUCCCAAGUAAUAUAUGGAGCUGUGAACAAGAGUGUAACUUUAUACACAUCAAGUUUUAAACCCUUUAAGGAGAUUGUGUGGAAAAGAGGAAAGGAUAAAGUUGUAGAAUGGGAUGACCAAUCUGAAGUCAGAGCUUUUCUAUCUUUUAAAGAUAGAGUUGACUUAGACACUGUGUCGGGUAACCUCACAAUCUACAAGUUAACACCAUCGGACGAAGAUGAGUACGGAAUUGAAUCCCCAAGUGUUAGAAAUAACACCAAGUUCACCCUCAGAGUGAUCGAGUCUCUUCCAUCACCAACACUAUCUUGCACAUUGAUUGAUGGGAACAUUACACUCCAGUGCGUGAUCCUGGAAGAUUACAACACCCAUCUAGAACUCAUACAGUACUCCUGGGACUGUCCUUCAACAAUACAGUGUCAGAGUGGCUCAAAACCAUCUGAAGCGUAUGUUACGAAGGAAGGUGAUCUAUCACAGGAAAUUCAGUGUAUCAUUAGCAAUCCAUUAUUCAGAAGGACAACAUCAAUCAUUUUGUCAACCUGUGUCCCAAGUGACAAUACAAGGCACAGGUUUGUGCUUUUCACCAUACUGCCAGCACUAAUAGGUGGUUUGCUGUUUUUAAAAUGUUUUCUGGGACGCCCAUAGCAGAUAAACACGGAGAACUAGCACCUGUUGUUUGGUAACAGAAGAUGAAGUCAAACGCGUGCUAAUUACAUUAUUUCAGUCACUUUCAGAAGGCAUCUGAUUUACCAUUUGAGUAUUACCUCAUCCUUGAGGAAACUUUGGAAGUCUAACCUGAAUGGACCCUUUAUAAGAAGCAGUGUUUCAGGACUUCCCUGGUGGCGCAGUGGUUAAGAAUCCACCUGCCAAUGCAGGGCACAUGGGUUUGAUCCCUGUUCCGCGAAGAUCCCACAUGCCGCGGAGCAGCUAAGCCUGUGCGCCACAACUACUGAGCCGGCGCUCUAGAGCCUGCGAGCCACAACUACUGAGCCUGCGUGCCACAACUACUGAAGCCUGCACACCUGGAGCAACAAAAGAAGCCACUGCAGUGAGAAGCCCGCACAUUGCAACGAAGAGUAGUCCCCACUCACCACAACUAGAGAAAGCCCGUGCACAGCAAUGAAGACCCAACACAGCCAAAAAUAAAACAAAUAAAUAAAUUUAUAACAACAAAAAAUAAUGCUUCAUGGAAGAAACAAGGACUAACAAACAACAGGCAUUAGUUUCUACUCUGUCACCAACACUGAGUAUCACCAGAUACUGUCUUAUCCCGUAAUUGUUUAUUAUAAAUUGUAUUUUUGGAGAAAUGUAAAUCUUUGUAAAUAAUGUAAGUAUGUAUAUGUAUAUAUAUAUAUAUGUGUGUGUGUGACUAAGUGGCUCUUUUUUUCUUGUUAGAGUUGUAAAACAAAAUAGUCACAUGACUCAGGAGGUGAAGGUUUUUUACUAAAAUCUAUAAUCCACUCUUUGGUUUUAGAGGAAAAACAGUUCAUUGCAGGAUCAGUAGCACGGUAGUUUAUCAUGUUAGCUGUCACAUUGGCAGGUAAACAGAGAACUCUUAAACCAACUAUACUCCAAUAAAAAUUAAUUAAAAAAGAAAAUUAAAAUUUUAAUUGUAUAUUUAGAGAAUUUGUUUCAGAAGCGUAUGUUUGUCAUUCAUCAAAAAAUACAUUUUUGUUGUACAAUGUGCAUUACUUGUAAAUUACGAGGCUAUAACAAUUUCAUGUUCUUCCCAAAUGUUUAAAUUUUAAGUAACCAAUAUAUGUACUAUUGUAUAUGUUUGAAAUAACUUCUUCAAUCUUACUUGCACUGUCUCCUCUCAAUAGAAAAUACUAACCUGAAAAAAUUCUUCAUCUAUUUUUUUCCUCUUUUCCUAACUGCAAUCAGUCUUAAGUGAGAAAUGAAUUAUUCUUGGAAUUCAUACUUUAAAGUGGCAAAAAUGGGAAAAGUUAUAAAAUACUUUGGGUGUUAAAAUCUGUAUCUUGAUCAGCACCCAAAACAAACAAACGAACGAAAAAAACAAACUGUAAAGUGACAUACACCAGGGGUCCCCGACCCCUGGGCCUCGGGCCGGGAGCGGUCCUCGGCCUCUUAGGAAUGGGGCCGCCCAGCAGGAGGUGAGUGGUGAGCAAAGCUUCACCUGCCGCUCCCCAUCGCUCUCAUUACCGCCUGAACCGUACGCCCUGCCAACCCACUGCCCGCACCACCGGUCCGUAGAAAAAUUGUCUUCCAGGAAGCCAGUCCCCGGUGCCAAAAAGGUUGGGGACCGCUGCUGUACGCAUGCAGAACAGCAGCUUCUCCUGGAUAAAGAGGUGAAUUGCCCCAGCUCUCCGCUGGGCAGCCAUCAUAGAAACCCGAGAUCCCCGGAGUCACCGUGCAAAGGCCUUCGCUCCUGAGCCCGCACUCUCCCUGCAGUUCCUGUCACAUGAGAGUCUUCAGCCUGAAAGAGAUGUUUCUUCCCUCCAAGGUGGGUGUUUGCAAAGGGGCCCCGGGACACAGUGGCAUCCAGCUCCCCACAGCGUCAGUAAGAGGGAGACCGAGGCCUGGAAGCCCUGCGCACCCCAGAGAAGAGCCCCCGCCUUGGCCUCCAGGUGGCUUAGCUGUCUUAACGAAAUGUGUCUUCCGUACUUUGGUCCCCAUACGCUCUCUCUGGCCCUUUCUGACCCCAUCAGUCAACAGUAAAAUUCCUAGUAUCCUCUUCAACGAAUGUUCAUGUCCCCUUUCUGUUGUCAGGAACCCUGGCUCUCCCCUAGGUUGCUGCUUCCCGCAACCCUCUCAAGUGGAAGCUCUCCUCUCCUGUGCGCCUUGUAUGCUGGUCCCAGAGGGAGGGGGCAUCCUCCCAGCUCGUUCCUGCUUUCAGACCAUUGCUCCUUGCCCGGCUUUGAUGCUCACACCAGCAGAUCACCACCACCUGAUAGCCCUUUUCUGAGUUAUCCUUUUUAUUCCUCGUGGCAUAAAGAUGUUUAGUACCAGGUGGAAACCACUCUCCCUUAACACUGCUCCUUUCAGAAUCUGAGCGUUUUCAAAAUCUGCGAAUCAUGGUCUCCCCCAGGGCUCUUCCUUUCCCAGCACUGCCCUGGCCCUGCUCCUGACCUUUUUAUCAGUAAAGCCCGCAGUCUCUCACCAUCUCAGCUACAAGUGUGCCCUCUCUGCUUGUUAUCUUCCACACCACACCCUUGAGGGCCCCGAAUCCCAAACUCCUGCAACCCCACCAGGACCUGCAAGCCAGCCAUCCUGCCUCUUCCCUGGCCCUCAGCUGCUCGGGGUCCUCAUUCUCCUCACUGUUUGGGGUCUUCAGCGUGCGUCAGUGUCAUCACUCCUCUAACCCUCACUCUUUACCCCUUCACUUGGCCAAACCCCAACUGUGGUUAUAGUUGCAUCUACUAGUUCCCUCCCUGCAUCCAAACUGCUGAACAUCCUGGAGAAAAACACACCACCCAGCUGACAAGUUUGAUUUCAAUGACCGCAGACCUCAAAGGGACUCACAGUGUUUCCCAGAUGUCCUCACUGCAUUGCCCUGGUCCGUUCACUGCCUCCUCAUUGCUCUUCUUAGACCUGCAAUACUAACAACUCUCAACUGCUCACCUUGCUUCCCAUAUCACUGAAAACAAAAGCACUGAGGAGAACCCUUCUCCCACCUAGCUCCCACCUUCCCACCACACAUCUCCUCACCCAGCUGCAUCGGCACCCACGGGCUUUGCCUCUUGUUACCGUAGAUGAAAUCUCCUUGCUCCUAAAACCAAUCUUUCCACUUGUCUUAGUGUGCUCGGGUUGCCAUAACAAAAUACCAUAGACUGGCUUAAAACACAGAAAUGUAUUUGUCUCAGUUCUAGAGGCUGGGAAGUCCCACAUCAGGUGCCGGCCGGUGUGGUUCCUGGUGAGAACCCUUCUUGUCUGGCUGUGUCCUCACAUGGCAGGGAGAAGAGCUCUGGUGUCUCUUCCUCUUAGAAGGGCACCAAUCUACCGGAUUGGGGACCUCCCCUUAUGACCUCAUUUAACAUUUAUCACCUCCUCGAAGGCCUUAUCUCCAAAUACAGCCGCAGUAGGGGUGAGGGUUUCAACAUGAAUUUUAGGGGACGAAUCACUCACACUGCUUAUGCACAGGACACCAUCUCCCCUCAUCUGCGUAGGGACAUGACUCUUGUCUUUGUCCACCUGUCUCCACAUCACCAGCUUUUACUUUUCAACGGCAUCAUACAAACAUACUGUCAUUUCUCAUAUCGUCAAAAAACCAAAAUGCUCUUGACUACACUUCCCCGUGCAGCUCUUGUCUCAUUUUUCUGCUCUCUUUUAUGAAAAGUUCCUCAAAAGAAUGAUCUGUACUUCAUUUUUCUGACUCCUCUCUCCCCAUUCUUUCUUUUUUUUUUAAGAUUUGUUUAUUAUUUAUUGACUUUAUUUUUAGUUUUGGCUGCAUCGGGUCCUAGUUGCGGCACGCGGGAUCUUCGUUGAGGCAUGCGGGAUCUUUCAUUGGGGCGCGCAGCCUUCUCUCUAGUUGUGGUGUGCAGGUUUCCUCUUCUCUAGUUGUGGCGCGGGCUCGAGGGCACGUGGGCUCUGUAGCGUGCGGCACACAGCCUCUCUCGGUGAGGUGCGCGAGCUCAGUAGUUGAGGCGGGCGGGCUUAGUUGCCCCACGGCAUGUGGGAUCUUAGUUCCCCGACCAGGGAUUGAACCCCGCGUCCCCUGCAUUGGACCACCGGGGAAGUCCCCCCCAUUCUUUCUUGAACACACUUCAAUCAGCCUUUCACCCCCACUAUUUGCCAAGCUUACCGAUGACCCCCUCAUUGUAAGAUCCGAAGGUCAGUUCCCAGGCCUCGUCUUACUCUGUAAGCAUCAUCUGAAGCAGUGGAAGACCCCACACACUUUUGUUUAGUGCUUUCUUGGUGCUAGUUUCCAUGGGGUAUUCGAAGGAAGCUCAUAGCAUGACAGGGCAAGCAGACCUGUGAGCGCUUGUGAGGAGUAUACCAUAUCCUAAAGUGGAAGUGCAUGCAAAGAAUGAAGGAAGUAUAACCACAUGACCCAGCAAUUCCACCCUUUGGUAUAUACCCAAGAAAAAUAUACACAUAUGUCCACAGAAAAACUUGUACACGGAUGUUCAUAGAUCAUUAUUGACAAUAGGCAAAUAAUGGAAAUAAUCCAAAUAUACAUCCACUGAUGAACAGAUCAAUAAAAUGUGGUCUAUCCAUACAAUGGAAUAAUAUUCAGUAUAAAAAGUAAUGAAGGUCUUUAGUGAUGCAGACUAUACUGUGUGGUGAUAUAUGGUAAAGAAAAGGUCAUUCAUACUCUAAAUGAUGGGGGAGGAGGGCAUACUGACUGUGAAGGGUCAUGAGGGCUUCAGGGGAGUUGACAUUGUUAUUUCUUGACCCACAUAGUGUUUAUGAGAGAAUAUACUCUAUGGUGUGUUCGUAUAAUAUUAAAAAACAUUUUUUGGGCUUCCCUGGUGCUGGUGCACCGCAACGAAGAGUAGACCCCGCUCGCCGCAACUAGAGAAAGCCCGUGCGCAGCACAGCAACAAAGACCCAACUCAGCUAAAAAUUAAAAUUAAAACAAACAAACAUUUUUCAUGCCACGGAGCAACUAAGCCCAUGCACCACAACUACUGAGCCUAUGCUCUAGAGCCCGUGAGCCACAACUACUGAGCCGGCAUGCCACGACUACUGAAGCCCACAUGCAUGGAGCCUGUGCUCCACAACAAGAGAAGCCACCGCAAUGAGAAGCCCGCUCACCACAACGAAGAGUAGCCCCUGCUCACCGCAACUAGAGAAAGCCCGCGUGCAGCAACGAAGACCCAACGCAGCCAAAAAUAAAUAAGUAAAUUAAUUAAUUAAAGAAAAAAAGAAAA